AUGACUAUCCCGGAAAUAACAAUCAGCCAAGGCAAAUUACGUGGUGCCACCUCAUAUGACAUAAACGGUGACACCUACUUCCGGUUUCAGGGAAUUCCUUACGCUAAACCGCCUUUGGAUGUUCUCCGAUUCAAGGCCCCCCAACCCCCUGAAAAUUGGACAGAUAUUCUCGACGCGACCAAAGAGGGUGAUCCUUGUUAUGGACAACAUUUUUUCAAGAAAAAUUUAAUUGUGGGGAGCGAAAAUUGCUUGGUGCUUAAUGUCUAUACUAAAAACCUUCGCAGCGAUACCAAUCGAAUUACACAACCAGUACUUUUUUGGAUUCAUGGUGGAGAUUUUGUGGCCGGAAGUGGUACCAGUGAUAUGUAUGGUCCUGAUUAUUUAAUCAGCGAAAAUGUGGUACUUGUCACAAUUAAUUAUCGGUUGGGGAUGUUGGGGUUCCUAAGUUUUGAAGAUGUGUCUUUAGGAGUACCCGGCAAUGCUGGGUUUAAAGACAUGGUAAUGGCUUUGAAAUGGGUUCAAAAAAAUAUUAUAUUGUUUGGUGGAGAUCCACAUAAUAUAACCAUUUUUGGUUCCGGUUCAGGUGCCAUGUCUGUCCAUCUUUUGCACUUAUCGCCUAUGAGCAAAACCCUUUUUCAUAAAGCUAUAGCUCAGAGUGGUACCAUUUUGAGUUUGAAGGCACGUGGCACCCUUACAAUUGCACAAAUAGCUUCAGUUUUAAAAUUAAGGGAUGAAAAAAGUGUAUACAAGUACUUAAUGUCACUGAAAGUCCAAGAUAUUUAUAAACUCCAAAAGACUUUAAUAGAAACUUGUGGUCCAUUUGACCCCAAUCUUUUUGGUUACGUCGUUGAGAAGAAAUCAGAUGAACCCUCAUUCUUGAAAGAAGAUCCUUUUAAAAUUAUUUCUUCGGGAAAUUUCAACCAGGUACCACUUAUAUGUGGAUACAUUUCCAACGAAACCAUUGGUUCCGAACUCAAUCAAGGACCAACUUUUGAAGAAAAAAUCAUCCCUUGGUUUUUUGGUUACGAGUUUGGUAGUCUUGAAAGCUACACAGUGGCCAAAGAAAUCAGAAAGUUCUAUUACGGUUCUGAGGAAACUUUACCAAGAGACAAAACCAAAACAACAACUUUAAUUUCUGACUCUCAGACAGUUUUCGAAAUUCAAACAACUAUCAAAAGGCAUUGCGUUUUAUCUCGAGCCCCCACUUACUUAUACAGAGUGUCUUUAAAAACUGCCUUGAAGAUAUCAGGGAUUUCAGUGGAUGUUAAUUACAUUUUUAAAAAUUUUGCCACAAAUAUCAAACCUGGAACCAAGGAACACAAAGCAAUGAAGAGGUUUGUCAGAUUGUGGUGCAAUUUUGCAAAAUAUGCAAAUCCGACUCCUCGGAGAGACGAUAUAUUGUUAAAUGUUAUUUGGAGAUUUGUUAAUAAUGAAGACGAAUUAGAUUUCUUAGACAUUGGUGAUGAGUUAGUUGCUUCGGCCAAUCCUGACGCUCAGCGAAUGAUAUUCUGGAAAAAAUUGUUUAUUAGAAGUCCCGCUAAUGGUAAAUUAAUGUAACGA